CAGCGUGAGCGCGCUUGGGCUGGAACGGCCAGAGGGGAGAUCCGGGUUCUGUGCACGAGCAUGACGUGUACAGCCGAAUCAAAACAGAGCAGGUGCUGCACACUGGAGGCUCCCAGCUGGAUCGUGCACCGAGAUUACUAUACAUAUAUGAACAGUGAACAUGGCGGAGGGCAAUUUUGAUCCCUGUGAAUGUAUCUGCUCCCAUAACUAUGCAAUGCGAAGACUGAUUUAUCUGCUUAGGCAGUCUCAGUCUUAUUGCACAGACACCGAAUGCUUGCAAGAAAUGCCUGGACCCAAUUCAUCAUCUUCUUCUGAUGGUGGCUUGAACGUUGCUAUGAUUGUCAUGGCCUGGCUCGUCAUUGGCUUUACUCUAUACCUACUCAGACCCAGGAGUCUCCGAGGAGCCAGGGCAACUGGAAAGCCAACUAGCCCACACAACGAUCGCAGUCAUGAACCUCCAGCCCCUCCAGUGGACUAGCACCUUCGGAGGCUUUCAAAAUGCUACAAUUUUGCACGACCAAAUGAAACCAGAAUGACCAGACUAUUCUUUCUUUUCUUUGAUGCCGGCAAUGGUGUCAAACAGUCUUGAGUUGCCAAACCGAUCUAGAGUCUUCUUCUUCCUCCUUUUUUUUUUUUUUUCAAAACUGAACAGGUUUUUUCCCUCUUUCUUUUAUAUUUCUUUCCUUGGAAAGCAAAGCAGAUUACAACACUGUUUAACUCCUUGUAUUGCUUAUGUCUUUUACUGGACUUUUCAGCCUUAAUAUAUGUCUUCAGACUCUCUAUAUUUUGUCAUACUUUGUACAAUGGUAAAUUGUAUAUGCACAUUUAUUUACUAUACAAUGUAAACACGUCACCUUAAAAAAAAUAAUUACA